UUUUUUUUAUGAAAACGACCUCGUGCUCCAGAGGCGGAUCAAAGGCACCUAGGAGCAUACUUCGGUGUACCAUAUACAGCGGCAUACCUUUCUCACUGUGUCAAAGCCUCUUUACUUUUGAAGACUCGCCGCCCUUGAAGUCUUGUUGCCGUAGAAGGUUCUCGCUGUCGAAGGCUUGUCACCGUCGAAGGCUCACCGUCGUCGAAGGCUCACCGCCGUCGAAGGCUCGCCGCCGUCGAAGGCUCGCUGCUGUCAAAGGCUUUGCUGCACUCGUCGCCGAACUAUCCAAGGCUUUGCCGCACUCUGCCGUCGCCGAACUGUCGAAGAUUGCUAAAGCGACCCUAGUAUCAGACAAGUUAUAUUGCCAAGCCAGCUGCCUCAUGGCUUGAUGAUUUUCUAGUCCGGGUAUCUCUAGAAGCAUUUGGGUGUGCUAUUCUUGGGUUUGAACUUGAUGAAUCUCAGUCUCAGUUUAAGAAACUCCCUUUAGUAGAAAAAUCUGUAAUUGUCUCUAAUUUGUCCAGUACAGUUUGCCCACCCCUAUGGGGAGACAGCUGCGGAUACAGAAAACCCUCUUCUCUUAAACCUCUCAUUUCCGGCCAUAGCAAAAGAGAGGCAGCAGCUGCUACUCCGUGAACUUCCCUUAUCCAAGUUCUUCUUUCAGUAAUUGCAGCAAAGAAUGGCGAAGAGGAAGGAGCGGAUUCAGAACCUGGAACCCUUUGAUCCGUAUGGCGCCGACCGUGCGAAGACUAAGAAGCGUUCGAAAGCGCCGAAGCAGUACCAGCAGGAAGAGAAACUCAUUGCUUCCAAAAUCAGCUCGAAGAUCAUGAAGGAGGCUCUGCUGCAGCAAAAGGAGGAAGAUGAGGCGGUGAAUGACAACGCCGCCACUUUCUUCGAAGAGAUUCCCAAGGCGGAGGAAGUAGAUGGAGACGAUAUCGAUGAAUUUGCCGGCUUCUCUGAAACGCAGAGCCAAUUCGCCGGAUAUGAAGAGGAAAUUAAUGAGGAGGAUGAGAAACUAAUGGAAGCAUUUUUAUCAAAAGAUGCUGGUCAGCAGAAAACACUGGCAGACCUCAUUGUCCAAAGAAUAAAAGAAAAGGAUUCUUCUGUUGCUUCAGAAAUGCGACCUGUCCCAAAAUUGGAUAAAUCCAUAAUUGACAUAUACAAGGGGGUUGGGACCCAUCUCAGUAAAUAUACAAUAGGCAAAAUACCCAAGGCAUUUAAACACAUACCCUCUAUGCAACUUUGGGAGGAGGUCCUGUAUACAACUGAACCUGAGAACUGGUCUCCAAAUGCUCUUUACCAAGCCACUAGGAUUUUUGCUUCUAAUUUUGGUGCAAAAAAGGCAGAACGCUUCUACAAGCUUGUGUUGCUUCCAAGAGUGAGAGAAGAUAUACGGAAGAAUAAACGGUUGCAUUUUGCCUUAUACCAAACUCUGAAAAAGGCAUUGUACAAACCUGCUGCAUUCUUUAAGGGAAUACUGUUUCCCCUAUGUGAGUCACGCACAUGCACUCUCAGGGAAGCAGUCAUUGUUGGAAGCAUUAUAGAAAAGGUUUCUAUUCCUCCACUUCAUUCAAGUGUUGCUCUAUUGAAGCUUUCUCGAAUGGAGUAUUGCGGCACCACAAGCUAUUUCAUAAAGCUUCUUCUGGAGAAAAAAUAUGCUUUGCCAUAUCGUGUUGUUGAUGCAGUUGUUGCUCAUUUUAUGAGAUUUUUGAAUGAAACCAGGAUAAUGCCUGUCAUAUGGCACCAGUCACUUCUUGCUUUUGUGCAGAGGUAUAAGAAUGAGUUGCAAAAGGAAGAUAAGGAUGGAUUAAGGGAUCUACUGGAAAAGCAGAAGCAUAAAUUGGUUACACCAGAAAUCCAUAGAGAGCUAGAACACAGCCGCAACCGAGGUGAAAAGGAGGAAGACCUUAUGUCAAUUUCCAGUCCAGUAUUUGUGAUAAACAAGACUAUUGAAGAGGAUAGAUUUGACAUUCCAGAUGUACCAAUGGAGGAGGAUUAAUUUAUUGUGCUUUUAUAUAUUGCAGGGUUUUUUCAUAGCACGUCACUUGAGUGAAAAUUUUCAAUAGAGAUGCCCUCAUUAAGCAAUCUUGUACUCUAAUGCAUGAGAUUUGUUGAAUUUGUUUUGUUUACUUUGUCACUUUUCGACAUGCAAUCUCAUUUAUUCUUUUUCUGAUGUAAUCUUAUCGAAAACACAAUUAAACUUGCUAGAAUGUUUUAUGGUGUUUCAUAUGUGGCA